UUGAAGAAGAAAAUUUAGUUGUGUUUUUCGCUGAAUUUUCCGAGGAAAUCAUGGAAAAUUUGGGUUCAGAGAUUGGUCAGAAGAUGAGGCAUGCCGUCAAGGCAAAGCUUCUUGAACUUGGAACGGGGACCUCAUCUGGCUAUGUGGAUGAUGAACUACCGGAUUAUGUGAUGAUUAUGGUGGCAAAUAAGCGAUCAAGACAGCAGAUGGUUGAUGACUUGAAUCUCUUUCUGGGAUCUAACACCGAAGAAUUUGUCAGUUGGCUCCAUCAGGUUCUACAGAAGCUCCAGGAGGUGUCAAUCCCGGCAACAGUGCCCCCAAAGGCGAGUAAGAGGAAGCAAUCGGACACUUCGGAUGUGUCAUCACACAAAAAGGAGAAGAGAAAAGAGAAGAAGACCAAAAAACCCUCAAAGAGUCAAUCAUCCGUUAGUAGCUCAUCAAAAUCCACAGUGGAAAAGUCAAAAGCUCCCCCAUCAAUUACUGACGUCUUUGCCAAUCAGUUGAUUCAGAAGGCAAAGAAGACUUUGGCAACGGAAGCCACGGUGAAUGUGAAGAAGCGAGAGAAAACACCGCCGGAAGUGAGUCAAAGUGAAAAGAGAACGCCGGAGAAUGAUUUCGAUAUUCCAACAAUUACGCAAAUAUCUACAAAUACCGUAGAACAGACGCGUCGGAAGGAAUUGCUGGAGCUCGAGGAGAUACAGAAGAAAAUUUACCAAGCCAAGCGACAACUGCGUAACCUCACAUCGGAUGAGUCUGAAGAUGAGGAUUUUAUCAAUCUCAAAGCCGAUGGAGAGGAAUUUGAUGAACCUGAUAUGAGACAAACAGAGAGUAUUGUGGAUUCAACACGCAAUCAGUCGACAUUUCGCAAUCCUAGUCCCAUUGUGUUUGAUCUCCCAAAUCGAAGGGUAUCCCAUAGUAGUGAAGGGACACCGGAAAAAGAGCUAACUCCAAAGAGGGGUUCUGUAAAGGAGCGUUUGGGUUCAAAACCACCUGCUGAGCCAACCACCACUGCUGCUGGGAAGAAUGUUAUUAGUUUGUCAGCCAAUCGACGGAGUGAGAAGGAAAUCUACAUCCCGGCCUUUCGACGUCGUGAAAUGGAAAAAGCAAAAGAGCUGGCUCUUUCGAAGGAUUCCACUAAACCCAGACGUACACGGGAUGAAUCUCCUGAGAGGGCAAAUCGUGAGAAACGCAAUGGGAAGGAACAGAAAGUUGAACUGAAACCUGUAGCGAAACCUUCAGUGCGUCAACGUAUUGGAUCGCGUGUUAUUGUAGCACCACCAAAGCCGGAAUUUGAUGAGGAUGCUGUAGAUGUGUCGAUUAGUAGCAUUGUGACAAUAAAACCACGCCCAGCAGUGCCCAAGAGUAAACAAGCCAACAAGAAUCUUCUCCUUCGUGCCAUGGCUGAGGCACAGAAAUCCACGGCAACGGCUAUGCGACGUAGUAGUGAGAAUGAUAAAAUCACCCGGAAGGGCACAAGAGGCAAGGCGAAUAUUCUCAUUGAAGUCCCACGUGGGGAUGAGACGGAAGCAUCGCGGGAAGAUGAGUACGUACCCACACCUAUAGUCAGUAGUCGCGAAGAAGAGGAGGGAGUCGUGUAUAUCCCACAAGUUUCUCGUGAGGAAAUUGAAAUUAAUUCAUCUGAUGAUGAUACCCCAGCAGAGGCGAAUGAAGGGGAUAAGAAAAGACCCCAAUUUGUCGUGACUCUCGAUGGAAUUUUCAAAGGAUUGAAAGAAUCGCCCAGGAAGAAUCAAAAGUUGCCGCUUAAAGCCCCAAAGGAGCGACUUGUUGAUAAGAAAAUCCUUCCGGUUGAACCGAGAAAUCGCGAUGCUAGAAAAUCUUCACCAAUACGUAAAAAUGACUCUCCGGUGCGAAGUAAAAGGGACGAAGGAUCCGGCAGUAAGAGAUCAAUUGAGAAGGAGUCAUCAAAAGAAUCAGAACAGUCUGAACCGCCGCGAAAAAAGAAGACUCGUUGCUCACCAAUACGUUUCGAUUUGGAUGAUAAACCGAAGAAAGUUGAAUCUCCAGGAACUCCAAAGAAAUCCCACAAAACUCCCGAAAAGGAAGUUGAGAAGAAUUCAAAAUCAGACGGAGACGGACAUACAGUCACAAUUAGGAAGAUUGAGAUUAGGAAGUACGAAAAUCUUCCUUCAUUGCUAAGCUCAGUCGCGGUGCCUCAGUCAUCGACAAAGCCCAAGGAUCGCUGCAAGUACUUCCCAAAUUGCAGCAAGGGAGACACAUGCGAGUUCAUUCACCCCUCGAUGCCGUGUAAAUCCUUUCCAAAUUGCAAAUUCGGCGACAUGUGCCUGUAUUUGCACCCCAAAUGCAAGUACGAUCUCACGUGCUCGCGCCUCGAUUGCAACUUCUCUCACACCCCGAUUGUCACAGCGGCCCCACCUCUAGCCUCCCAUGUGGUUCCCGUGAAUAACUACAAGAUGAUCACGCAGAAUUUAUUGCCACCACUCUGCAAAUUCUAUCCAAAAUGCAGCAAUACUCUGUGCACGUUCUACCACCCAAAACUAUGCCGCUUUGGUAAGGCGUGCAUGAAUAAAGUCGAGUGUAACUUCUAUCACUACGAUAUUCCUGCCGUGGAUAAGUUUAGGUGGGUCUCAACGGCAUCUGGAAGUGGAUCAGGACAUGCACCAGCAUCGACGUAUGUGUAGUUAUGUCCACGCAUUAUCCUAAAAAAAAAUAAUAUUAUUCAAACCUAACUAAGCAUAACAACAACAAAAAGAGAAAUGUGUCCAUUGACGUCACAUUAUAAUGCAUUAUUUAUAAUUAAAUAAUAACUAUAUAUUAUACAAUUACUACGAUUUAGGACUUUAUUUAAUUAUCACACCAAUCGUUUAUAGGCGAAUAGGAAAAAUUGAUGGACAUGACUAUAAUACGUCACCAAACUCCCCACAAAAAUACAAUAUUGUGAGUUUCGGAAGAAAUGUAUGAGAAAAUAAUUAAAAGUUUAAAAAAUUGCA